AUACCUAAACAUAUCCCUGCUGUUAUCGACGUUUAUUUCACCUUGCAGGGUUAUGUAAAUAUAUAUUGCAAUUCUCAUGUCUACAAGACUUAUCUUUCAAAAUACGUUUCCUUAACUAAAAAAAGGAGAUGGAGAUAUUGGGUGUCAUCAAUAUCCCAGGCUGGUUCCUGACAUUGUUCCUGUUUUUCCUGUCUCUCUAUCUAUAUUCAAAGUACAAAUUAAGCUUUUGGAGUAGACUUGGUGUGCCCUUUGUAAAACCUACGCUACUUUUGGGAAACAUCACAAAAAUGGGAAAUGGGUUAGGCGAAUUCGACCUGGAAAUGGUUUCUAAAUACGACAAACUUAUCGGGUAGGUUCAAAAUUUAGUCUGAAAAAAGUUCAUCAUGUGAGAAGUCGG